AGCCCCCCUUUGCAAUUUUUUCUUUGCACAAAUAUACCCUUCUGCUAUGAAUACUUAACAAACUUAAACUUAUGUUAAAAGAGAGCCAAAACAGGACAAAAUGAUGAGAAAUGUCAAAGCUCAGGUACAAACAAGGCAUUUUCUCACGACCAAGGCGUGAUUGCUGUAUCAAAACCGUGAAGAUUGCAUGGUUCGUAGAGGAAAGACGACAUCUCGUAGGCAUGUGCAAAUGUCACGGUUGGUAGAUUGUGACAUCAACACGAAAAGUGUGAGGUCUGCAGAGUCCCAGGAAGUUGAGGUCAUAUCACGGGCAGUUGCAAAUCCCAUGGCCUCAUCAUGAAGAUUGUUAAAGAAACGGUGCACAUCCAAUCGACCUCAUGGUUUAGUUGCAAAGUUCAUGAUCGUGACGACCAACAGUGAACUGUGCACUUUCUGUCUAUAUAAAGGAGUAUAAAUAAGAAUUCAAGAGAAGAGUUUGAGAGUGAGAAAGUCCAUUUGCUGGGUAGAGAGAGAAAGUGACAAAGCUAGAGAUCUCCAAGCUUUGUAGCUUCCCACCACCAUUGGAAGCUUUAUUUAUCCACCAAGAGCAACCAAGAAGUAAAAUCUUCUUCCUAUGAUGAUUAUCUUCUCCAUUUUGGUUGUAUUUCUUUUCCUAGCUAUGAAGUGUUCUCCAUUUCACUUGGGUGUUGUGGAAACCUAGUUAGUACUUUGUAAUUGAUUGUUUGUGAACCCUAUCCUCGAUUUGCAUCUUGAAUAUUCGUGAUUAUCUAUUGAGUUGGGUAUUAUUCAUGAAAAUUGAUGCUCUCUAUACUACACCUGGUUAGAGGUCGCAUGUGGCCUUUAAUUGGGAUAGCAGUAGUUAGUCGCGAGUCAAGUUUUUGUGGCACCGUUGCUGAGGACUCAUGGCUUAUUAUGAAAAAAGUGAACUAUUGUUAAUCUAGCUUUCAUUCUUCUUGCAAUUGCAUAUGUUUUCCAAGUUUGUGUUUGUUUGAAGUGAGUUUCAGGUGGUACAUGACCCGGAGUAACUCAGAGCACGUGGAGCCACUAGAUGGCAACAUCAAUCAAACUCUCUGACAUCUUGCACGAGAGAGGGAGUUAAGGGAAGCUAGGGAGAGACUAGUGAUUCGCGCUCAACCUAGAGAAGGGGAGUUUGAAGAAGAAAAGGAAGGGGAAUCUGAAGAGGAGAUUGUAGCUGAAAACAUGCCCAACAACCCAGCGCAACAAGGUGAUUGAGGUGAGAACCAUGGGAUGUUACAUGUCCCCACGAGUGGAGGAUAUUCAAUUGAGCAGACAUCCACCAGGGGCGGCAAACAAAUUUGAGAUCAAAAUUAACCUCAUCUCCCAGAUCCAAAGUAAUAUCCAAUUCCAUUUCCUCGACAACGAGUAACCAAGAUAGCACAUCAAUCGGUUCUAUUAGUUAAGUGACGGCAUCAAGAUGAAUAGUGUGGCCCAAGAAGCCCUUAGAUUGAGACUCUUUCCUUACUGUCUAAGUGGUAAACCUCAAAGUUGGCUCAACAAUUAACCUCCUCUAUUACCUCUUGGGAAGAUUUUGUCUAAAAGUUCAUGGUAAGGUAUUUCCCGCCAUCCAAGACCACCGAGAUUCGAAGGCAAAUCACAUUAUUUGCUCAAGAUGAAGAUGAGACCUUAAGGGAUGCAUGUGAACAUUACAUCGAUUACUCAUCCAAUGCCCUCGCCAUGGAUUUGAUGAGGACUUCCAGGUUGGAAACGGUCUUUUCUAAGAAGACAGGAUGCUCAUCGGCUCAUUGUGCCAACCUAACAUGCUCAACAAGAUGCCUCAACAAAUGACCACACUCUUAGAAGAAAUAAACGGCCAAUGGAUAUGAGACAAGGGUGUCCAUGUACCUUGCUUAAUGCGAAGACGAUUGAUGGUUUAAUCAAGAUGCUAGCAAAAGAUAGUAAUUGAGGGAAGAAUCAUGUGAUGGUUUGUGAAUGGUGCUCGAGUCCCAACCAUGUGUUGGAGGAAUUUGAAAUCAUGAUGGAAGCCACCAACCCGAGGAGCAAGUAAAAGUAAUCUCAAAUGGUAUGGGAAACAACAACAGUCCCUAUAGCAACACUUACAACUCAAGGUGGCACAACCAUCCAAAUUUAUCAUGGGGAUCACCAACAAACCCAAGGCCACCGGGCUUCCAAGGACCUACAUGUGGAUAUCAACCACGACUCCCAUUUCCACAACAAAGGACACAAUUUCAAGCUCCAUAUUUCCAAUCUCAACAAUAUCAACCACAAGGAGGACAAGGGUAUUAACAUCAACAACAAUCCGAAAAGCUAACCAAGUUUGAAAACCUUAUCACUACCUUCAAGUUUGAGCUCUCAAAACUUUGAGAAGAUUUAGAAGUUCAUGGAGGUUUCUACAAGCAAAUUUUCAUCGGUCAAAGUGGGUAUAAGGAGUCAUCAAGCUAGUCUCCAAGGCUUGGAGAUUCAAAUCGCCAAUCUCAUUGAGGCCCUAACCGAGAGAUCUUAAGGAGCUCUCCCGUCUCAAACUAUAGCAAACCCAAGGACCAAAGGGCGAAGUUGCACUCUAUCUUGCGGGAAAGAUAAUAAAAGGGAAGCACCAAAUAAAGUUGUAAAAUAAGAACUCCCUCCACAGACACCUCAGCAAGAAUCUAAGGAGGAAGAUGCUUAGAAGGUAAAGCAGACACCACCACCCGUAGUUGAGUACAAUUCCUUUCCCUACAUGAAUGCAUAAAUACUAGUUGGAGGCAGAAUAUUCAAAGUUCAUGGAGAUGCUUAAAAAGCUCCAUGUGUGUGUUCCACUCGUGGAAUCUUUGGAUCUAAUACAAAAAAAAAAUCCAAGCUCCUCAAAGAGCUACUCACAAAGAAAAGGAAGUUUGAAGACCUCGAAUCAAUCACAUUGAGAGAGGAGUGGUCCACCAUCAUCCAAAACAAACACACCCAGAAGUAACAUGAUCCAGGGAGUUUUACUAUUCCCUUAAGCAUUGGUGCAUUUCAUGUGGAAAAACCGUUGGCGGAUUUAGGUGAAAUCAUCAAUGUAAUGCGUUACAAGCUUUUUCAUAAAUUAGGCCUAGGUGAACCUAAGUUGACUUAGUUGAGUGUUACAUUAUUCGAUUGGCUCUUUCUAACUACAAAUUCCCAAUCGAAGGGCAAGUAUAGCAUAUGGUAAGCAAGUAAUAAAAUUAUGAAAUCACAAGUCUCUAGAUAGUCCUUACUUUGGCUUAAGUUUCAUUAUCUAGCUUACCAAGAAUAGUGAUUGAGACUAAACUAACUACACUAAUCUAACCACUACCCUCGUUAAUUACAAGUUUGGGAGCUCUCUUAGGCUCGAAUCCCCCUAGCUCCUCAAAUGGAUCGAUUUUUUAGUACGAUCCUAGAUUGAUUGACUUGAUAUUUUUUUCGUGGAGAAUACUACAGUAUAUUGGACCCUCUAUUCGAGUGCAUCCACCCCGCUCAAUUACGCUACUUGGAGUGUACCGAACAACCAACAAAGGAAUUUGAUUUGUUCACCACAAAUUCUCACAAAUGGGAAAUACCCACAUGUCUCUACUCAAUACGACACUAUAGACCUUAUUGAAGAUUCUCUAUUCAACCUAAGGGGAUGUUCUCCCUCCUAGGUCAAUAGAUCAAUUGCCAUGAAGAGGUAUCAAGACUCAUGCAAUUCAACACACACAUCAAUCAAAUAGAUAAUAAGAGUUCAAAAACAUAGAAUAUGCCACAUACAUCAACAAUCAAACCAACAUCUAGACCUAGGGUUCAUCAACCUAAGAGAAGGAAAGAUUCAUGGAGAAGAGGAUAGAGAAUACAUUAUAAGCUUAGAA